UGACAGAGAUGAGUUGAUUCGUGAAAAUACACGUUUAAGAAAUAGAAAUGAAGAACUUGUUAAUGAAAAAAAUCAACUUGAAGCUAAUAAUAUUCAAAUUCAUACAGCAAAUGAAAAUCUGACACAAAUGAACACAGCAUUAAGAAAUGUUCUGAGAGAUGCAGAAGAUGAAAAAGACUAUUAUGAAGCUGCGAAUUUAGAAGAAUUUAAUAAUUUUAUUUCAAAUUUUAUAUUUAGAUUAUUUACUAAUUUUUCGUAA